AUGAAUGCCCGGCUGAUGCUAAGGCAGCUCCCCAGCCAUUUAAUCUUUCGCAUCCUGCACUAUUCCUUGAUUUCCCACCAACUAAGGGACGAACUGGGAUUCAGUGCAGGAUCCUUAAGGUUGAAGAGAUGUGGUAACAAGGCUCUGGAGUGGCAGCCCUUUGCCUUUUGGCUGACCAACUUGUUGGUAAACUACUCGGGCGAUAUUCUGGGAAAUCUGCUUUUGGGGAGUCUUCCACUGGAACCACUCUGCAAUACCGCGGAUAUUAUACUCAGCUCCUUUAUCUGUAGGUACUGCAUAUUUUAUUGUCCCUUUGAACUGGGAAACGUCUUAGCCGGCACAAUGGCCUUCCGCAUCCUGGCCACCGCAACGUCGACAAUCAGCCAGGUUCAGCUCAUCGACAAGGGAGUUCACUUGGCAGGACAGGUGUACGGAAAUGCUCCGGUUCCCAUGUUGGUGGUGGGCACUGUAAUGGGCAGUGGAGCAGAGAUUCUGAAGCCGGUGGCGAGUAUUUUAAUCAAUAGAUGUCAGAACAAUCAGAUGGCGUACAUUAAGCUAAGCAACACCUCAAAGCUGGCGCUGUUCAUUUCGCUCCUCUUCAUGCUGGAGAUCUACCAGAGUCCCCUGAUUCUGGGCCUCAACCGCCACCAACUGAUAAUCCACACUUUAGUGUUGACCACAGCCCUUAAGUUCCUGUCAUUGACCUAUCGAACGAACCAUUUUGUUUGGCUUUUGGAGCGCCAAAUGCAGUACAUCUUAUUUGGCGGCCUCUCGAGGGAUUUGGGCAAAUUCUUCGAACGCCUACCGAAUCCAGAAACCCGGCGAACGUGGGCGUUUUCGGAAUUCGAUUGAAGCUCUCGUGGGGAUUGCGCAACCGUACCCCCAUCCCCAUCCCUUCCAGAUUCGAGGGGGUGGUGAUGGGGGGGCGGUCUAAGCGGCUUAUAUUACCGCCCGUCCAGCCAAGCGAUUGGAGAGCUGCAACAGAUGUCCCGCUUGAUCGGGUUACGUAUGCUAAUCAGCUUAGAAGCUUCCGCGAGUGGACAGAGGAGGUGCCGGGUUACGGCUACGGCCACGGGUUAGUGGAUGGAUAUGGAUGCUCCAGAGUGCUCGUCCAGCUGUACCGUGAAAUUACUGGUUGAGAAUAAAGUACUACAUUCAAA